AUGGCUCGACAACAAAAGGACGACCAGAUUCUGGAGCUAGCUCGAACCCUUCGAGAAGCUCCAUGGUGCGAGGAAUAUGAGAAAAUGGUCUCAGGCAUGCUGUAUAAUCCCCUGCACCCUUUGCUAAUGGAAGGCCGACACAAAGCAAGAUGCUUGGCGUACAAUUACAACAACUUGAACCCCUCAUCUGCGCCUUUCGAUAAACUGAUAGAGACUCAACAAGAGAUGCUAAAGGGCAUCCUUGGCAAGGUCGGGCCCGGUACCUUCAUCGAACCCCCUUUUACGCCAGACUAUGGCUGCAAUAUCAUCAUGGGCGAAAACUGCUUUAUGAAUUUCGGCCUGACUAUCCUGGAUACCAGCUUGGUCAUCAUCGGAGACCGCGUUCAGAUGGGACCUAAUGUGCAGAUAUACACUGCUGGCCACGAGACCUCUGUGCUGUCCCGCAUCAAGUUUGUGGAAUUUGGUCUGCCCAUCAGAAUCGAGGAUGAUUGCUGGAUCGGAGGAAAUGUUGUGAUCCUCCCCGGAGUGACCAUAGGCCGUGGGUGCACCGUGGGAGCUGGCUCCGUCGUCACAAAGAGCCUUCCUGCGUAUUCUGUGGCACUAGGGACACCAGCCAAGGUGGUCAAGACAUUGCCCUCCGUGGAGGAAGAGCUGGCAGACCCAAAUAACCCUUUCCGGAACAUGCCAGACAGGGAGGAUUAG